GAUUUUUUGCUCCUUUUAAGUAAACAAAACAAAGAUGGGAGUUCAAGGCCUUUGGAAACUGCUGGAGUGCUCGGGACGGCCAGUAAACCCAGAAACGCUAGAAGGAAAAAUUCUUGCUGUUGAUAUAAGCAUUUGGUUAAACCAAGCCAUUAAAGGAGCAAGGGAUCGCCAUGGAAAUUCCAUCCACAAUGCCCAUCUCUUGACUCUUUUUCAUCGACUUUGCAAGUUGCUGUUUUUUCGGAUCCGCCCCAUCUUUGUUUUUGAUGGAGAAGCUCCACUUUUGAAGAAGCAGACUUUGGCUAAACGCAGACAACGGAAAGAUGUAGCAGCCGUUGACUCCAAGAAAACUACAGAAAAACUUUUGAAAACUUUCCUAAAAAGACAAGCAAUUAAAACAGCUCUAGCAGGCAAGAGCAAUGAUCAGUUCCCCAGUCUUUCAGAUGUGAGAAGAGAAGAGGUCGAUGAUAUCUAUGUGCUUCCUGCUUUCCAAAAAGAAGACAAAAAUAGCUCUGAAGAGGAAGAUGAGAAAGAAUGGGAAGAGAGGAUGACCCAGAAAAAGAUACUGCAAGAAGAGUUAUUUGAAAACCCUUGUUCUGUUGAUGUUGAGUCAGAAGAUUUCCAGAGCCUGCCCCCUGAAGUAAAGCAUGAGAUCCUUACUGACAUGAAAGCAUUCACAAAAAGAAGAAGAACGCUGUAUGAGGCAAUGCCUGAGGAGUCCACUGACUUCUCCCAGUAUCAGCUGAAAGGACUGCUUAAAAAAAGCAGCCUGAAUCGACAACUAGAACAUGUGGAAAAAGAGAUGAACCAGCAGUACUCUGGCCAGAUCCAAACCCAGUAUGAGAAUGAUGGGGGCUUCUUGAAAGAAGUCGAAACGAGGAGGGUCGUGUCUGAAGACACCUCUCACUACAUCCUGAUAAAAGGUAUCCAGUCCAAAGAAGGUACCUCCAGAGAUCUGGCAACCACUUCUUCUGCAUAUUCUUCUGCAAGGCCUCAAGAUUCAAAGCACAAUAUUGAGACCAACAAGACUUCAGUCAGUGUAACGCUGCCUCCAUCUACCUUCUUGAAGACUGAAUCGACUAAUAAUACCACCCCUGCUCCACCUUCUCCCAGAACUUUGCUGGCGAUCCAGGCUGCCAUGAUGGGAAGUAGUUCGGAAGAGGAGAUUGAAGAUGAAAGGAACCAUCAGCUCGAGUCAGAUAAAGUCAGGACUGGCCCUGUUAUAGAUGCACACAAUGUAUCACCGAGAACACUGAGGGCUAUUGAGGAAGCUUUGUGUGAGGAGGAAGAGAAGGUCCAGUCACUUUCAUCCAGGAGUACUGGAGGAAAUCAAACAGGACGAGUUCUUCCGAACGAGCUUCUUACUAGUAGUUCAGAUGAGGAGGACCUGAAAUCUGAAGAACAGCGUGGAAAAGAACUUCUAGUCCUACCUGUGAGGGAAUCAGAAAAUGAAAUCCUUCACCCUGACAGUGAACUGGACAAAAAGAAGUACACAUUGGAAACAGAUAUAAGUAAACCUGAAGAGACAGAUGAAAGUAUACCUGAAAAGACAUAUCUCCCUUCUGUGGAUAAAGCAUGCUCUUCUGAUUCAGGUAAAAAAGAAAGAGAUGAGAAAAAACAGACAUCGAAAAUGGAUUCAAGCUCUCUGCAAGAUGGCGAUGUGGUGCUGCAGCCACUGAGGCCUUCGACACAGUUGGUCACCCUAAGCCCUUCAAACUGCACAGAGUUGGCCCAAAAUGGAACAGUUGGAAAUUCAGGGGCACCACUUCAGCAGCCAGGCAAGGAUGCUUUUGGCAGGCAGAGCAUGGUUUCUUUUACUCCGGAACCAGCCAGUCUUCGUGAGGAAAGAAUGGAAAAUCAAUCUGAAGAGAGCGAUUCUGAUGAUAGCUUUGUUGAAGUCAACGCUGAACUAAGUAGCGAGCUGCAGGAUGAAACUGACCAGGAGAAAGGAAUGGGGGCUGCCUCUUCAGUGGCUGUAAAGGGAGCCCAUGAGGGUGCCACUGAGAGAUCUCCGGAAAAUGCUGUCAAAGAUGCAGAGCUGCCAGUACAGCAAACUGGGGAAACCAGAGACCAGGAGGAAGAUGCCGUUAACGAAUGGCAGGAUAUCAGCAUGGAAGAAUUGGAAGCCUUGGAGACCAACCUUUCAGUUGAGCAAAAUGCACUCCGGUCUCAGAAACAGCAGCAGGAGCGUAUCGCUGCCACUGUGACUGGACAGAUGUUCUUAGAAAGCCAAGAACUUCUUCGCCUUUUUGGCAUCCCAUACAUUGAGGCCCCAAUGGAGGCAGAGGCCCAGUGUGCUGUUUUGGACCUCACGGAUCAGACCUCUGGGACCAUCACAGAUGACAGCGAUAUUUGGUUGUUUGGAGCCCGGCAUGUUUACAAAAACUUCUUCAGUCAAAAGAAGUAUGUGGAAUAUUAUCAGUAUGUGGACUUCCAGAAUCAACUAGGCUUAGAUCGAAACAAGUUAAUUAAUUUGGCGUAUCUUCUUGGGAGUGACUACACAGAAGGCAUUUCGAAUGUUGGUUAUGUAACAGCGAUGGAGAUUUUGAAUGAAUUUCCUGGUCGAGGAAUGGAGCCCCUUCUCCAACUUGCGGAAUGGUGGGCUGAAGCUCAGAAGAGUAAGAAGAUGUGUCCCAAUCCACAUGAUACGACAGUGAAGAAAAAGUUACGGCAGCUGCAGCUGACGCCUGGCUUCCCAAAUCCCUCAAUAGCUGAAGCUUAUCUGCGCCCGGUGGUAGAUGAGUCAAAGGGAUCCUUUGUUUGGGGAAGACCGGACUUGGAACAGAUCAGAGAAUUUUGCCAGAGUCAUUUUGGCUGGACCAAGUUGAAAACAGAUGAAGUCCUGCUGCCUGUCCUCAAACAGCUGAACGCUCAGCAGACUCAGCUCCGUAUCGAUUCCUUCUUCAGACUAGCGCAACAAGAGAAGCAGGCCAUCAAGAGUCAAAGGCUUCGCAGGGCUGUGACUUGCAUGAGGAGAAAAGAGAAGGAGGAAGAAGAAAGUGAAGUCCUCCAGGCAACGGCAGCCUUUAAAGGAAGGAAAGAGAAGGAAGAAGGUGUGACUGGAGCCCCAAACCAUAGGGGCAAGAGAAAAAAACAUCUAGCGCCUAAGCAGGACAGCUUUUUUGGUGGAGGUUUUAUAGGGGAGAUACAGCUAUCAGAGUCGUCCAGUGGGUCAUCAGGUGACCAAUCAGAGAAUGAAACCUUGAGUAGGCGUCCCAGUGGGAAGAAUGUCAAGAUGCUCAAAACCAGUGCUGUGAGUCAUGAUGCCCCUUUGGGGCAUGAAAUGCCAGAAGAGGAAAUGGGGAAUAGUAGCUCCAGCACAGAGGAGGAAGCGACUAUGGUGACUGCAAGGCCUGUUUUUGAGGGCAAAAGGGCAAAGGGACGGUCUUUAAGAGGAAGAAGGAAGAAAUAAUGUCAAACAAACAUGGGCAUUUCCUAACAGCUCUUUUGUAAAUAGCACCAUGAAAUCUUCACAAGAAAAAGGAUUAAUCAUCCCCCUCUCUCCCACAAUUUUUUCCCCUUUUGAAUAUAUUGGCACUAUUUAAAUGAGACCUUUUUAUUAUAGAAAUCAUGAACCGAAAUAUUUUAAACUUCUUUAGGAGGUUAAUGUCAGAUCCUCUUCCCCCAUGAGCCUAGAAAACUCCCAUUUGAAUAAAAUGGAGUCUUGCCUCCCUUGAGAAGUUUCUGAAGGUGAUCAGUAAUAUAGAUGUUUCUCACAGUGGAAAUGAAAUCGUUUUGUAAUGUCGCCAAUCCGUCACUCAGCUUCACGCUUCAUGAAAUGUGAUAAGUAGCAUACUCACCGUACAAGGUUUCUGCAUUCAGCUAGAAGGAAUAUUUUGGGCCACUUCAGAUUCUCCUUUCCCUGUUGUUUGCCUACAUUGAAAAUCAUUUUAAAUGUGGCAUUAAGGGCAGUGUUGCAUCCAACGGCAGCAGUGAUGCAUGGGGAUUGGAAGAAGAGAGAGAGGGGUGGGUCACUUUUCAGGAGUUGCUGCAGAUUCACUGCCCUUGAAACUAUCCCUUAAACCAGUUUUGCUUUCAAAUUGCAAAAAUUUGGAAUAACUUAGUUCUCUUUGUUGGGGGCAAAGUAAUUGUACGCCACUCCAGGUUUGGUGCCUUCUAGAAGGUUGUUUUCUAAGUCGAUAGUUGAGGAAGAAGCAAGUUCACUCAAAUUUACUUGUUUAAGGCUGACUUAACAAAGAGCCAGGCUGGGCUUCAGCUCUCUUCCUUUGAAUAUCAGUGCCCGAAACACCCUCUAAGCAGCCCUGCAAAUUAUUACUUAGUCCAAUAAAAGAUAUCAACUUA